AUCGAAGCUCUCUUACCUGAGUCCUACGAUCAAGCUAAGCAAGUAGCUUUGAUGGUGGAAGCACGAAUAAAAGGCAUGAAAAAGGAAGAAGAGAAUGCAGUUAGUAAUACAGAUAAUAAUGAAUCGAGUGAAACGGGAAAGAACGAAACUAAGGACUUCCCGGGUAAAUGGUUUGUAAAAGAUGAAAAGAAUGAAUAUAAAGAUGUGGGUCAAGAUGUUGGUGGUGGAGAACGAUAUGUUGAUUACUGUUAUGAAAAUCGAAUUGGAGCAGUGAGUGAUGAAAGAUCUGGUAAAGGUAAAAAUAGGACAAAUGGUUCGAAGAAAGGAUUAAUUGAGUUAGUAAGGUCAAGAGAAGUUAUUAUAUUGAAGAGGACAGCGUUUGAGUAA